AUGGCCCCUGCGAAAGGCACCACCGAUGACUUCACGUUCAUCAUGACAUGCCUCAAACAUGCCGAUGUGAAACCCAAGAUCAACUUCGAGGAAGUCGCGAAGGAGAUGGGAGCAAAGAGUGGCAAUGCAUGCUACCAUCGUCACUGGGGGAUUAUGAAGAAAUUUGGUCUUACGGGCAGUGGUGGCGGAAGUCGUCCAGCCACUACCAAAGCAGCCACGCCCCGCAAGCGCAAAGCGAAAGGCGAAGAGAGCGCCGACGAAAGCACACCGUCCAAGAAGUCUAAGGCCACUCCGAAGAAGAAGGCCGUUGAGCUAAAGGGAGAGGAAACGGAUUCUGAGGAUGGCGUUGAGGCAAAGAAUGAAGUCGAUUCCCCGGCCGAGGAUGCAAAGGAAUAG